UCAUUAACAGUAGAGUAAGAACCGGAGACGAGCAAACCAAGAUGGAGGCAUUGAAGCUGUGUAGCAGUCUAUCUUCUUCCUUACCAAUCAGCUUCCGCCACCUCAUCCACCGCCGAGCCUCUUCCACACUCGUCCGCUGCUGCUCCUCCUCCGCCGCCACAACCACUAGCACUACCCGGAACAGAAACCGCCGAUCUUCCUCUUCGUCCACUUCCACUUCCGACCGUGACGCCAUUCGCACCAUUCGUAUCAAAAAGGUGGAAGAAUUGAGGAGCAAAGGGUUAGAGCCGUAUGCUUAUAAGUGGGAUAGGACUCAUACUGCUAAUCAGCUACAGGAGAUAUACAGGCAUUUGGCAAACGGUGAAGAGUCAAGUGGUGAGAAUGAUAAUGUAUCUGUGGCAGGGAGAAUUAUUGCUCGCAGAGCAUUUGGAAAGCUUGCUUUUUUGACAUUAAGAGAUGACUCGGGUACGAUUCAGCUUUACUGCGAGAAGGAAAGGCUUUUAAAUGACCAGUUUGACCAGUUAAAGACGCUUGUUGAUAUUGGUGAUAUUCUUGGUGCUAGUGGCUCGAUGAAAAGGACGGAGAAAGGAGAGCUUUCUGUUGUUGUGAAUUCUUUUGGGAUUCUCACAAAGUCUCUACUUCCACUACCAGACAAAUAUCAUGGUCUAACUGAUGUGGAUAAACGAUACCGCCAAAGGUAG